AUGGUGGAUUCAUCAGAAGUGGAUUCAUUAGAAGAAUUUGCACUAAUAGAAGAAAGAGAAGAGCUAAUGAUUUCACCCGUUGAUGAUGAUGAAGAAAAAGUAAAACCCAUUUUCAGAGUUGCCCAUUUUCUAAAACCAACCUUACCCUCUUCCCAAAACCCCCCAUUUCUCCCUUCAAGGCCCAAAAUUCAAGAAUUGAUGACAAAAUCUUGUCUUUCUUCUCUAAAUGUUAAGUUUAGAGGUGGGGUUAUGUAUAUGAAUGGAUGGUCUAAAUGGGUUGAUGAGUUAAAGCCUUUAUAUGAAAAAACAUGGGAAAAAGCUGGAAUCUUUGAAGCAACUGUUACUUUGGAGGAUUUGUUAGUUUUAGGUGGUUUCUCUGUUUUAGGUCAAUGUGUGUUGAAACCUGUUAAGACUAAAGAGUGUGUUGAAAUGGAAGAAAGACUUAGGGAGGUUUAUAAAGUUUUUAGAGAAAAGAAAGUGAAUCUUUAUCAUCAUGCCUGGAUGGAGUAUUUUAAAGGGAAAGGUGGUAAUGACCAUUUAGAGCAUGUUGCAUUUUUGACCCUUUGGUUGUCUAGGUUUGUGCUUCCUAAAAAAAGUUUUCAAAAUGUGGAUAAAGGUGUUAUCCCUAUUGCAUUUCAUCUUUCUCAAGGUACUCCAAUAGCACUUGCCCCUGCUGUUCUUGCUACCAUUUAUCGGGAUUUGAACUUGCUUAAACAGUUCAUUAUUGUAUAUUCAUCGAAGCAUACAGAACAUAGUAGUGUUUUAAAGUGUAUAGUGGAUGAGUCGGAGCUUAUCCUCCGUGCUCCUCUUCAAUUUGUUCAGCUAUGGGCAUGGGAGAGAUUCAUCCCUUUGCAGCCUAAGCCUAGUGAUGUUUAUUCUGAGCAGCCAAGAGUAGCUAGAUGGCAUAAGGUGAAAAAACUAGAAAGUGUUGAUCUUAGGAGGGAAAUGGAUUCUGCAGGAGCAUGUUUUCUGUGGCGUCCUUACGCUAUUGAUACUGUGAAUAAUUGGAAUGCUAAGAGAUUUUACAAGGAAAGGGAGAAAUGUGUGGUGGUUGGACCAAAUAUGGAAAGAGAAAUCAUGAUAUUUGCAAGACUUAUUCGAGCUUCUGAACUAGUUGGGAUGGAUUGUGUGGAGCUGUAUAAUCCACAUAGAGUAUGUAUGCAAUUUGGACUCGAUCAAGAUGUGCCCGGUUGUGUGAAUCAUGCUUGGAGAAAUUAUGACAGACCAAUUAAAGAUGCCAACCUCUAUAUACCUUCCAGGCUCUUCGAGUCAGAUGUUAGCACACGAUACUUGGAGUGGUGGAAGGACCAAAACGGUGGAUCAGACAUUGCUUUUAAGCACGAAAAGUUGAAUGCCUCUGUAUGUAAUGAAUUUGUGCAGAAAUGUGAUGAGGCUAAAACAGACGGGACUCAAAGGGAUAAAUCUUCUUCAGCUUUGAAUGGUGGAACUCGAACACCCACCCAAAGGAAGGCCUUAAUAGAAUCAAAACCGAUAAAAUCAGAGGAAUUAGAUGGAGAUGAGGCAUAUAAAGUUAAAGAAAUGGUGACACUAGAGAGCAAGGAUAUCAACGACAAAUUAGGUGGUUGUAAGGUCAAUUUGCCUGAUCGUUUAGAACUUCCAAGUGAGGGUCCAAAUGCAAAUAGGUGCGAUGGUAGAUAUGCAGAAUUUUCGAGAAGUGGUAUUGCUAAAAUGAGUUUGCAGAUAAGAAAUGAUCCAGUGGAACCACACAAGGUAACUACAAAUGUUAUCAAUAGGACUGAAGGAAAUAUGCAGAUGGAAAACAUUGAAAUGAUCGAUAUUGCGAAACUUGAGAGGAGGAUUAAAAACCUUGAAAACAUCAAUUCUGGAAAGGUUCCAGUGCCCAGGAAAAGGUGA